AUGGCAUUAGCGUUCCUCAAUCUAAAAUCCUUUCACCCUCUGAACAAGCAAAAUCAGAGAAAGAAAUGGAUAGCGGAACAACAAGAAAAAGCAAAACGUAAACUUGCCGAACAACGUAUCAAAGAAUUAGCAGAUGAACAAGAAUUAUAUAAAGAGGAAAAAGUCAAGCUAAUACAAAACAAGGUAACAAAGAAGCAAUCAUCAGAAUCUCAGGCUGAGAUGAGGAGAAGAAAGCAAAUGUUACAUGCCAAACCAUCUGAUAUGAAUAAUAAUAAUAUUAGUAAUAAUACUAGUAAUAAUGAUGUAUUUGUUCCUUCAUCAACAUCACAACAGGUUCAACCAAUAAUCAAUCAAGAAAAAAAGGAAAAUACCAAGGAAGCUGAAUUUUCAGACUUUGUAAGAAGUUCGGAUGAUGUUAAAUCUAAUAAGAAAUCUAGGAGAGGAGGAAGAAGGAGAGGAGGAAAUGGUAAAGAUAAGGAGGAAACUGUUGCUUCAUCAACCAAAUCUAUUGCAUUUAUUUAUCAACAACCACCAGGAUUGAAGGAUUGUUUGGAAAAGGAAAAAAAGUUAAAGGAAAGAGAACAAGUGGAAAAGAGAGAACAAGAAGAAAGAAAUAGGAAUAUUGCUAAAACAAAGGAAGCUUUUGGAAUGACGGAUAAUUCUCUUUCAAUUCCUUCAAUAAUGAAAAUUCAAUCUAAAACUGUAAAUAAUGAAAAUACCACUACAAUAGUUGAGGAAGAACCAAAAGUUAUUGUGGAAGCACCACUGGAAAAUCCAGAUUCUGAAAAGCCAAAAGACAGACGUCUAUUGUCUGAUGUGGAAAAAUUCCCAAUCCUCAAACACGCUCCAACAGAAGGUGGUUACACAGAAUUUGUGAAAGUCAAACACAAACCUUUUGGUAUUGAACUCAGAAAUGUCAGAUGUACCAAAUGUGGUGAGUUUGGUCACACAAACAUAGAUAGAGAAUGUCCAUUAUUUGGCAUUAGUCGUGUGGAUGCAGAUAGACUUAAUAGAGAAGAUCCAUUACUUCAAAUGAAGCAGAUAGAAGAACCAGAGGAACCAAACAAUGAUGCAGUUUUUGAGGAAUACUUUACUCAGGAAGAUACAAAUCCUGAGGAGCUUUACGAGAUUUUGGUGACAAUGUCAUCUGAAGAUAAGAAGAAACUUUUCAAGAAAUACAAGAAACUCAAAUCAAAACUAAAGAAAAGAAGGGAUAAGAAUGAAGAAACGGAAGGAGCUAAAAAGAGAAAACUGUAA